AUGGACGACAUUGACGAAGAAGAUCGCCCAGACACCAAGGACGAAGCCGAGCUCAAGGCCGCUCUUCGCGAAAUGCUCCCACCACAACUGUUGAACAACAUGGCUGCCUUCCACUUCCAAGCCGAACGAUUUAGCCAAGCCAGAGACCUGUUCCAGACUGCCCUGAAUGCCUGUGUCAAGGCUGGCGCAAAGGAUAGCGAACUCGAUACCGACUCUCUGGUCACAUCUAUCAGUUACAACUUGGCCAGAACUUAUGAGGCCGAACACAUGCUGAACGAGGCCAACCAGGUUUACCAGGGUCUGCUCGAGCGUCAUACCGAUUACACAGACGCCAGAAUCAGACUCGCAUACAUUGCACUCCGCGAAAACCCCUCUGAAGGUGCUCAGGCUAUUAAGAAGUUGCUUGAGUCGGAAGCAGGCAACCUCGACAUUCGUGCUUUGUAUGGAUACUACAUCCACAAGGCAAAGAAGCGAACCAUGAACCCUGCCGAGGAUCAAGAGCAGAGGCACUACAAGCACACUCUUCAACACCACGACAAGCACGACAGAUACUCUUUGACUGGUAUGGGAAACCUCUUCUUGCAGGUUGCCCGCGAGAUGCGCAGAGAUACCGACCAGGACAAGGAGAAGCGUACAAAGACGUAUAUCAGAGCUAUUGAAUUUUUCGACAAGGCUCUGCAGCUUGACCCUCGUAACGCCUAUGCCGCUCAAGGUAUUGCCAUUGCACUGAUUGAAGACAAGAAGGACUACGGAACAGCGAUCCAGAUCUUUACUAAAGUUCGGGAAACCCUGAAAGAUGCCAGUGUCUUCAUCAACAUGGGUCAUGCAUUUGUCGAGGUCAAGCAGUUUGCCCGCGCAAUUGAGAGCUACGAGGCUGCCCUUUCCAAGGAUCGCACACACGACCCCAGCAUUCUCGCCUGUCUCGGUCGCGUUUGGCUCAUGAAGGGCAAGCAGGAAAAGAACAUGCAGGCCAUGAAGACUGCGCUCGAGUUCUCGAACCGUGCUCUGGAGUCAUCGCCUGAACAGCUUCACUUCAAGUUCAACGUCGCCUUUGUCCAGAUUCAGAUUGCUCAACUCAUUUACACUCUACCGGAGGCCACGAGGACGCUUGUUGAUCUUGAGGCUGCUGCCAAUGGGUUGGAUGAAGCCAUCGAGAGUCUCAUGGCUAUAGCGCGCGCACCAAACCCACCUUUCCCCAAGAACGACAUCGAGCAGCGUGCCAACAUGGGAAGAAACACUAUGCGCAAGCAACUGGACCGUGCCCUGCAAAGUCAACGCGAUUUUGAGCAGAAGAACGCGUCCAGACUCGAACAGGCUCGUUCACAACGUGAGGCCGAGAUCAAGAAGCGUGACGACGAAAAGAGAGCGCUCGAGGACGCAAAGGAAGAACGCAGAAGAAAGAUCACAGAGGAGAGACAACGCAUGCAAGAACAGGACCGCGAAAUCGCCGAACAGAAGAUUGAGGAGGAAGCUGAGCGCAAAGCCCGCGAAGAUGCCGACCUCACCACGGACGAGGAGACGGGUGGCCGAAAGAAGAGAGAAAAAGAAGCCCAAGGGUGCAAGAAGAAAGAAGAAGGGCGGUGA